GGAGGAGGAGUGUGGAAACAGAUGAUGUAUGAAAGGUUCCUCCUGAACCUAAGGAGCAGCUGCUCUGUUAUUAAUCUGUUCUCGGCGAAAUGAAAUGACAACUGGAUUCGUUUGAAAGCGAGGAAACUACAUUUCCAGCUGUACUUGUGUGCAGGUCGGGUUGUCAGAGGAAUCACUAAACUCAGAUGGGUCAAGCACUGUGGAGGCUGCCUCCUAGACAACAGCAGCAGCUUCAGGAAGAGCUUGCAGACCGACUAGCUGACCGAGGAGGAGGAGGAGGCGGAGGAGGAGGAGGAGGAGGAAGACGAGAGCAAGGGAAAGAUGGAGGUCACCAAAGAAGAGUGCCUCAGCAGUGUUACGGCCCAGACAUCUACCAUCUGCUGAGAACACGCAUGGGUGGUAAGGAACAGCAUGGAUUUAUAGAUUUGGAGAUGUUGCCCCCUGAAUUAGGCAUCACCAUACUGUCGUACCUGAAUGCUACUGAUCUGUGCCUGGCCGGCUGUGUGUGGCAGGACCUGGGAAAUGACGAAUAUCUCUGGCAGGGGCUGUGUAAAUCCACAUGGGGACACUGCUCCAUCUACAACAGAAGACUACCUGCUGGUUUCUCAUAUAGAAGACUCUACCUACAGCUAGAUGAAGGCAGCCUGACAUUCAACGCAAACUCACAGGAGGGUAUUAGUUACUUUAUGUCUAAAGGUAUAUUAGUGGAUCAUCCGACAGAGUUGGCAAAAUUCAUCUUCUACACUAGACGGCUCAACUGGAAGAUGCUGAGGAUUUACCUGGAUGAGAGGCGGGAUGUCCUGGACGAGUUGGUGACCCUCCAUAACUUCAGUAACCAGUUCCUCCCCAACGCUCUGCGGGACUUCUUUAGGCACAUUCACGCACCAGAGGAGAGAGGAGAGUAUCUGGAAACUCUCAUCACCAAGUUCAGCCACAGGUUUUGUACCUGUAACCCUAGCCUUGUCCGAGAGCUGGGCCUCAGUCCUGAUGCUGUCUAUGUGCUGUGCUACAGUCUCAUCCUGCUGUCCAUCGACCUGACCAGCCCCCAUGUCAAAAACAAAAUGUCCAAGAGGGAGUUUAUCAGGAACACUCGCCGAGCAGCACAUAAUGUGUCGGAUGACUUUGUAGGCCACCUCUAUGACAACAUAUACCUGAUUGGCCACGUGGCUGCGUAGCUCUGCCUGCCGGCUGUCCAGUCGAUACCCUCAUACUGCACUGAAAAUUGGGAAUUGGUGAUCGGGUUCCUCUAUAUGUCUGGAAAGUAUGGGACAUUGUGGAAAUGGAUUUUAACAAUUUUCAUGACAACCAAUAAAUCUUACUAGAAAGGUUAGAAAAACAAAAUUCACCAAUGCACUGUGAGACAGACUGUGCUACCAAAUAUUAGUAAUGAUUCUAAUUAAAGGCGCGAAACAUCAGAAAUGUCUUUAAAACCAAGUCCGUGCGAAGAAGGAGGUUUUAAAAUGGAACCAUGAAGACGAGCUCUGAUAACUGCACUGACUGAUGGUGACUACUGAUUGGUGGAGGGAGGAGGCGGAGCACUGCCCCUCAGCCUGUCACAGAUGCCGGGACAGUCCUGCUUAUUUCCUAUUGGACAGCUGCUUAACGUUCACCAGUAGGACGUACACUGGCCCGUACUUAUAAGUGACACAGCGAGGCUAACACAAGACCACUCACUAAUAUCACUAGUAGCAUUUACCAGUGUGACUAAUGACAAAGCUGCAUUGGAGCUAUUCUGCAAAUCAGUUGACCUUGAUACCUCGUCCAGUGGUAACAACCUGAAUGUCCCAAGUGUCAAGAUUCAACUAGAUCUGGUUUUCUGUUGGGUUUUUUUCUUUUCUAUAACACGAGUAAAAUGAACAACACAUUGGGUCUCAUGCAAGAACAUUUGCGUAUUCCUAUCCCAAAUCUCUUUUUCUUUUUUCCAUUGAGGUUUGCUUGUAUGUGUUCUAAGUCAGAAGCACCAAAUUGCACAAACUUGAUGUAAAUGGCUCAUUUUAUUCUGAUUAAUGUCACUUAUUGAUGAAGAGGAGUACCCUUGUUGUAUCUGAUAAUUAGCAUAAUUAGCACCCCUUUAAAUUGCAACCUGUUCCACUUCCCAUGUGGGCAGAAAUGUUAAAGGUACAGUUCACCCCAAAAUCAAAAAUACAUAUUUUUCCUCUUACUUAUAGUGCUAUUUAUUAAUCUAGAUUGUUUUCGUGUUAGUUUCUGAGUAUUGGAGAUAUCAGCUGUAGAGACAUCUGCCCUCUCUUUAAUGUGACAGAACUAGAUGGCACUCGGCUUGUGGUGCUCAAAGCGCCAAGAAAAUACAUUUGAAAAACUCAACAGCAAUGUCUCUUUCCAGAAAUCAUGACCCGGUUACUCAAGAUAAUCCACAGACCUUGUUGUGAGCAGUUUCAUGUAGGAACUACUUUCUUUCUCUUGAACUACAGACACCAAUUGUAGAAGGAAGCGUGCAUCUACUGCUAGCUCACCUAGCACUACUCAACUAGCUAAGGCUACAGCUCAGCUGAGGAGUAACUUCCUUUAUAUUCAAGAAAAGGCAGACAUCUGUACGGCCGGUACCUCCAACAUUGCAACUCAAACCAAUACAAAAGAAAAAAAAAAUGUGCAUUUUUUAUUUUUGGGUGAACUGUCCCUUUAACAGAGAGCAAAAAGAAUUUCAAACAGCAGAGUUAAGCUACAACAAAUGAUAAAAUCUAAAGUACCUCUCAGAAAUUGGUAAGCUAUGAUGUCAAUGAGAUGAUGUUUAGAUAAUCAAUUUAGCACAAUUAAAUUUGGUUUAGUUUUCUGUUUUAUUUCAGUUCAUUUCAGUCUCAUAUUUACACUCAGAUUUCAGAUAAAGGCAGUGUAAUUCUUAAAUCAAACAAGUGUUUUUCCUCUACAGACUAUCUGUAUGUGGCUCGUGUGACGGGUGUGGACCACUUGUGAAAUUGAUUUGUAGCUAAGAGAAAAUUACUGGUACAAGGAAACUGAUGAAUGCCACAAAUGUGAAAUUAUUUAAUACACAAGAAAUCCUAAAACAACAUACAUUCAGAUGAAUUGUUUUAUCUUAAAUCUGAUGGUCACCCAGAUAAAAGCGAAGUCACACUUAGUAUUUUCAGUUUUAUGAGAGCCAACUUACUAAUAUUUUGUGCAAGCUUUGUUCUGAUUAUGAGAGAAAUUGAAUGUAUUUUUUUUCCCAUGACAUUAGGGAAAUGUAUAGUCACAGUGAGGUGAGCUUGGAGGUGACACGCUUGUUGUGUAGCAGACAGAUUACAGCAGUUUUGGUAUUAUGCUGCUUAAUGAGGGCGGUAAAUAGUGAUGAACCUGGCUCUAAACCUGGCAUCAUUAUCAAGGAAAAGGCUCAAGUCAAGUGUGGAGAAAGAUAAUGUUAAGUAAAAAAAAAUUAAGGAGUUCCAUCAAGUCAUCUGCAAUUCUUGGCUCUGGAACAAAACCACUGGCCGAAGUCUGUGGACAACAGCGCACUUAACUGUAUGAGGUUUAUGAAGUUCUUGUGUUUUGAAAUUAAUCCUGCUAUAAUUUCCUAUUUUUGCACAGUGCCCAUGUAUUUAUCCCCCAGUUCCCACAGUUUUAGCUUUAGGCCCCAAAGUCAUAGACUUCCAUUGUCUGAAAAACGGCCCACAACAACAUAGCUAUUGCUGCCAUGACAUAAUGGCAUAAUCCAUCAAUUUAAAUUAGACAUGUAGUUUUAUAAUGACUGUGAAACACCACAACCGCUGCAGCUGUAAUCCCGUCAGAGGUGGUGUCAUUCUUCCAGGAAUGAAUGGAGAAGAUUAUUAUGCAUCUCACAACACGACACCAUCCCUUAUUAUUUAGCCUUCCAUUCAUGGUAACUAGCAGCGCACAGUCAUGGAAGAAAGAGAAACUAUUCAUAUUAAACACUAUAAUUAGCAGUGUGGUAAAGUAAUAGGUAAAAUAUAGUGUAAAUUUAAAUGAUGGAUUACGUUUGUCAGUGCAGGGAUAUGUGAGUUGUUUUUAAUGAAUUUUUGAAUAGCGGAAGCCUGUUACAUCUGGAGGGCAACUAACCCAAUGAAACCAACCCAGAAGAAAUGUUGGCGUUGUACAAUUCUGCAAACCACAGAUACAUUUGCAUGUUAUUGUGCAGCAUACAUUGAAACUUCACAAUUUAACAGCGCUGCAGUCAACGUGUGGUGAGGUUUGGAAACGAAAACCACUUAGUUUUGGUGAGGAAAAGACCAUGUUUUGGCUCAGAUUACCUGCUUUUAGUGGCACAGUCCUGGCAGGAAAUGCAGUGAUGUCCUGGUAAAAAAACAACUACUGUUCAUGUCACCAUCGCUGCUGGAAGCACAGCUCCACCAUCUCCUUCAAUCAGCUCAUAUACUACAUCACUUUUGAAACGUGAUAUAUAUGAAAUAAAAAUGGUUUGCAGAAACAUACAACGCCAACACUUUCCUCUGGUGCCUGGGCUGAGGGCAACACUACCAUAGAGAAGAUGUGGCGCCUGACAUUACAGUAUGUAAAAGCCAAUCUGGAGAGUGUAGAAAAUACUUUAAUCGGGUCAUAUUGACACUUAAAACUUUCAAAUGUGAAAUAUUUUCAGCUGCUUUGAAAAUGAAUAAAUGAAACAAUGAUGCUCAUCAGACCUGAACGCAGCCUUAUAGUCACUCUGUGCUAGUAGCGUCAAGUCCCAGCAGCUCGCAUGUAGCCGCAGCUAACAGUGAGGCAUCACAAUGCUCGCUGAUUGUAACCAUGGAAACAGAUGGGAUGACACAGAGAAGCAGUUUUGUAUUAAAACCUUUUUUUAAAUUAAGGGUUUAUAUCAUAACCUAGUUAGCCAUUGCAAUACCAACAUGUAUAUACUUUCUGAUUUUGAGCCUCUUCAUUAGAUUGUAAAUCUGACCAUGAGUGAACUCAAAACAUGACAUGUAUUCAUUAUUGCUGAUGAUGCACACUGAUUUAGAGCUAUAUCUUCAUUUGUUUUAUUUAAAUUAUGAAGGAAAUCCACUUCCUGCUGUGUGUGUUUUUUUGCUCCUUUGUGGUUACUAGAGGAUUUUAUGACUGACAACAUGUACUGAGAAAAUGUUCCAUAUAUCUGACUCAUUAAAUCUGGGCUUGAUUUUACUGACAUGUUUCAACCACCUGAAGACGGACAGCGUGAGAUAAUAAAUGGUAGAAGUAGAGAAUCAGUUCUCAGAGGGCUAUCACGCACCGCUCAUUUUAUGUGCUACACUGGGCCUCAUGCAGCAACACUCUCCUUAAUUUCUCUUGUAUUUUAUUUUUAUUUUCUGUUAAGAGAAAAAUAAGACAAGUCAACUCCAGAUGCACCAAACACUCUAACCAUCCAAAUCUGAUCUUACCCAGGUGUGCUGAAUGAUGAAUCCCACUUGAUCAUGAAUUAGAGGCGCAUGGCUGAUUGUUUGUUGUUAGCAUAUUAGCACCCCCUAAACACUAAAUAAAGGCGGUGUUGUGCUGUGUGCAAAUACUGAGCACAUGCUCAACAGUUGGAGGGAUGCCACCAAAAAAAGGCGAUGAAAUCAACGUACUGUUUAAGGAACUUAAACUUGAUUUUUCCAGAGCAACUGCACUGGCGUUACAGGAAAGUAAAAUCCCAGCAAUGGCAAAACAUUUGUGAUGCUGUAAAUGCCGUGUCAACAGAGGGAUGCAUAGUAACUGAAAUUAAAGAAAAUGGUUUGAAAUGGGGGGCGGCACAGUGGUGUGGUGUUUAGCGCUGUCGCCUCACAGCAAGAGGGUUCCUGGUUCGAUCCCGGGUGUGGGAGCCCUUCUGUGCAGAGUUUGCAUGUUCUCCCCGUGUCAGCGUGGGUUCUCUCCGGGCACUCCGGCUUCCUCCCACAGUCCAAAGACAUGCAGGUUAACUGGUGACUCUAAAUUGUCUGUAGGUGUGAAUGUGAGUGUGAAUGGUUGUCUGUCUCUAUGUGUCAGCACUGUGAUAGUCUGGUGACCUGUCCAGGGUGUACCCUGCCUCUCGCCCAAUGUCAGUUGGGAUAGGCUCCAGCCUCCCUGUGACCCUCAAGAGGAUAAGUGGUCAGAAAAUGGAUGGAUGGAUGUUUGAAAUGGAAGCAAAAAAACACACCAACACACCAUUGUGACGACUGAAGGACGAGCUGAACACAUGCAACAUCAUCAAAGGGUUUUUUAAAGUUGUAACUGGGAUCAAUGGACCAAUAGCCCACACA